ACCAACUUGUCCACUCUCUUCUUCACUACUUUAUGAUUUUAAUUCUAUUUCAAUCGUUAACUUGGUCUACUUCGGCUCUCCUUUUCUUUCCCUUUCUUUAUUCCCAUUUUUCCCUCUACACCCACCAUUGCACUGCACCCCAGCCCCUCUGUUCUUCUUGUGGAUCUAUUCUGAAUGACUUGAAAGUUUUCUUCUGCACCUCGUAUCCAAUCUCUGUCUCUCUGUCUCUCUCUGUCUCUCUUCUUUAACGGACUGCUCUGAUUGUCUCUUGGACUUAACUUGUCACAACAGCCCAUUACAUCACCCUCCUAACACCAGAUUUUUCAAGCAACGAAGUCUUGGCUGGAUAUAUAUGGAGAAAUGAAACCCACAAACAGUUGGCCCAGAACAGAUCAAGAAGAUGUUGCCCAGUGGAAGAUGCAGAGAAACAGGCAAGAGGGUUGAGAAAAUUUAGGAUUUAUUUUAUGAUUCAAUUGUUGAAUAAACGCGGAUUCAAAAUCACUAUGGCUGCAGCAAGUUAGAAUUUUUUCUCUUUUUCUUUUUGGGUCUAUGCCAAGAAGAGUGCUUUUAUUGAAGAAAAUCUGACGAGAAAAUGAAGAGAGAAUGGAGGAGGGUAUCAUCACAAGAGCAAGGCAUCAUGGGAAUUUUUGGCUUUGGCUAUGUACUGUUGCUGCUUCUAAUCAUACCCUCACAGGCUAGAGAAUUGGCUUCACAGCAAAGUAGCAAUGAUGAUAUUGUGGGGUUGCUAGCCUUCAAGAAAUCCUCUGUUCAAUCUGAUCCAAAGAACAAAUUAGCCAACUGGACUAUCGAUUCCCCUAGCCCAUGUUCAUGGUUUGGUGUCUCUUGUUCUGCUGAUGCCCGUCGUGUAACCUCUGUCAACCUCACCAACGCUGGCCUCAUUGGCAGUCUACACCUCCCUGAUCUCACUGCUUUGCCAGCUCUCACCAGUCUUAUUCUACGAGGCAAUUUGUUCUCUGCUGGUGAUCUCUCUGCCUCCACUUCUACUCCCUGCGCUCUAGAGACUCUUGACCUGUCCUCCAAUAACAUCUCCGAUCCUCUUCCGGGAAGGUCCUUCCUUCUCUCUUGUAAUCAUCUGGCUCAUGUUAACCUCUCUCACAAUUCCAUUCCUGGGUUCACUCUCCCGUUUGGUCCUUCUUUACUGCAGCUUGACCUCUCUGGCAAUCGAAUCUCUGAUUCUACCGUCUUCAAUCGCGCUCUUUCUAACUGUCAGAACUUGAAUUUCCUCAAUUUCUCUGAUAACAAGCUCGCUGGCAAACUUGAAACAAGUCCCAUAUCUUGCAAGAGUCUGUCAGUUUUAGACCUUUCAUGUAAUUUGCUAUCUGGGGAGAUACCGCCUAGCUUUGUUGCAGACUCUCUACCAUCUCUCAAGAUUCUGGAUCUAUCCCACAAUAACUUUUCUGGCAGCUUCUCCGGUCUGGAUUUUGGACACUGCAGCAACCUCAGUUUGGUCAGUUUGUCACGGAACAGGCUUUCUGGCACGGCGUUUCCAACUAGUCUGAACAACUGUGAGGUUUUGGAGACGCUUGACCUCUCCCAUAAUGAACUAAAUCUCAAGAUUCCUGGUGCCAUACUGGCAAGGUUGAAGAAUUUGAAGCAGCUGUCUCUAUCUGACAAUCACUUCUUUGGUGAUAUUCCUCCGGAAUUGGGACAGGCUUGUGGGACUCUGCAGGAGCUGGAUCUAUCAGCAAAUGAACUCACUGGUGGCUUGCCGCUAAAUUUUGUAUCAUGUUCUUCUCUGCAGAGACUAAACCUCGGACACAAUUUCCUUUCAGGUGAUUUCCUCCCUACUAUUGUCAGUAGGCUUCAAAGUCUGAAAUAUCUCUACGUACCAUUCAACAACAUAACUGGUCCUGUGCCCUUGUCUCUGACAAAUUGUUCUCAGCUGCUAGAGCUUGACCUUAGUUCCAAUGCAUUUACGGGGAAUGUUCCUUCUGAGUUCUGCUCCUCCUCUAACCCCUCUAAAUUGCAGAAGUUACUUCUGGCCAACAAUUACCUGUCAGGGAAAGUGCCCUCAGAGCUUGGAAGCUGCAAAAACCUGAGAAGAAUUGAUCUUAGUUUCAACAAUCUGAUUGGUCAGAUUCCUUCAGAGAUUUGGACCUUGCCAAAUCUUUCUGACUUGGUCAUGUGGGCAAACAACCUCACAGGUGAUAUUCCGGAAGGCAUAUGCGAGAAUGGAGGAAACCUUGAAACUUUGAUUCUCAACAACAAUCUCCUUACUGGAAGCAUUCCUAAGUCCAUUGGCCGUUGUACCAAUUUGAUUUGGAUAUCACUUUCCAGCAACCAGCUUAGUGGAGAAAUCCCUCCUAGUAUUGGAAAUCUCGUUAGGCUUGCUAUACUCCAAAUGGGUAACAAUUCACUCAGUGGACGAAUACCACCAGAGCUUGGAAAGUGUAAGAGCCUUAUCUGGCUUGACUUGAACAGCAAUGACCUUAUUGGUCCCCUCCCACCUGAGCUUGCAAAUCAAUCUGGCAUAAUUAUUCCUGGAAUUGUAUCAGGAAAGCAGUUUGCAUUUGUGAGAAAUGAAGGUGGGACAUCUUGCAGAGGAGCUGGAGGACUAGUUGAAUUUGAGGGGAUUCGAUCAGAGAGGCUGGAAAAUUUACACAUGGUUCACUCUUGUCCAACGACCAGAAUUUAUUCUGGGAAGACAGUUUACACCUUUUCCAGCAAUGGCAGCAUGAUAUACCUUGAUCUUGCCUACAAUUCCUUGUCCGGAACUAUCCCUGAAAAUUUUGGUUUGAUGAGCUAUUUGCAGGUUCUGAAUUUGGGGCACAACAAGCUAACUGGAAGUAUUCCUGACAGUUUUGGAGGUCUGAAAGAAAUUGGAGUUCUGGAUCUGUCUCACAAUGAUCUUCAAGGAUUUAUCCCAGCAUCUUUAGGGACUCUCUCAUUUCUUAGUGAUCUUGAUGUCUCUAAUAACAACCUCUCUGGUGUCAUCCCUUCUGGUGGUCAGCUGACCACUUUCCCAGCAUCCAGAUAUGAAAACAAUUCUGGCCUUUGCGGGGUACCAUUGCUCCCUUGUGGCUCCGGAGGCAGCCAGCCAAGCUCUUAUCACCGGGCAAAGAAGCAGUCUGUGGCAGCAGGGAUGGUCAUUGGCAUUGCAUUCUUCAUGUUGUGCAUCUUUGUCCUCACAUUAGCUUUUUAUCGUGUGAAGAAGUUUCAACAAAAGGAAGAACAGAGAGAGAAGUAUAUUGAAAGCCUUCCAACUUCAGGUAGCAGCAGCUGGAAACUUUCAGGCGUUCCUGAGCCUUUGAGCAUCAAUAUUGCUACAUUUGAGAAACCUUUGCGUAAGCUGACCUUUGCACAUCUGCUUGAAGCUACCAAUGGUUUCAGUGAUGAUAGCUUGAUAGGGUCUGGAGGGUUUGGACAGGUCUACAAGGCAAAACUAAGAGACGGCUGUAUUGUUGCGAUAAAGAAACUUGUUCACGUUACAAGCCAGGGAGACAGAGAGUUUAUGGCAGAAAUGGAAACUAUUGGGAAAAUCAAGCACCGGAACCUGGUUCCUUUGCUGGGUUACUGUAAAGUUGGAGAGGAAAGGCUGCUUGUGUAUGAGUACAUGAAAUGGGGAAGUUUAGAAUCAGUUCUUCAUGACAGGUCCAAAGGAGGGUGCUCAAGGCUUGAUUGGGCAGCAAGAAAGAAGAUUGCCAUAGGUUCAGCAAGAGGUCUUGCAUUCCUUCACCACAGCUGCAUACCACACAUUAUCCACCGGGACAUGAAGUCUAGCAAUGUUCUUCUAGAUGAAAACUUUGAUGCCAGGGUUUCUGAUUUUGGCAUGGCAAGAUUGGUGAAUGCUCUUGACACACAUCUUAGCGUAAGCACACUUGCCGGAACUCCAGGUUAUGUGCCUCCUGAGUAUUACCAGAGCUUCAGGUGCACAGCCAAAGGAGAUGUCUACAGUUAUGGUGUCAUACUGUUGGAGCUCCUCUCAGGCAAGAAGCCAAUAGACCCGUUGGAGUUUGGUGAUGACAACAACCUUGUAGGAUGGGCAAAGCAACUUCACAGAGAAGAGAGAGACAAUGGAAUACUGGAUCCUGAGUUGACAUUGCAAAAAUCUUGGGAGUCUGAAUUACAUCAAUAUCUUAGAAUUGCUUUUGAGUGCCUUGAAGAAAAGCCUUUCAAGAGACCAACAAUGAUUCAGGUGAUGGCCAUGUUCAAAGAGCUUCAGGUUGAUUCUCAAAAUGAUAUCCUAGAUGGUUUCUCACUGAAAGAUGUAGUAAUUGAUGAACUGAGAGAGAAAGAAUCUAGUUCAUGAUGUUCGACUAUUGAUUGGACUAGAUGGCUGAGGUUGUGGCAAUGGUAAACUGUACCUUUGAACUGGAUAACGGGGUUAUCCUUCAAAUGUCGCUUACUGUAAAUAAUUGAACACUCAACUAGAUAGAGAAAGUUGCAGGAAAUGUGGGGAGAACAAAGUAAUGGAGUCUUCUAUCGGUUGCUUAACAAUGGGUAACUUAAAUUUUUCUUUCCUUUGAUAAUCAUGUCUGCCACUGAAGACUUAAAAGCUUUGUUUCUUUGCCAUUAGCUUCUUUCUUUUGUCACAGUUUUGCUAACAGAAGUUUCACUAUUUGUUUUGUUUCAAAAAUUUCCAAUUGUUGCUGUUCAUAGGAAAUUAGAAUUUGAGAAGUGAGGACAGUGUUUUGUAGAUUUGUAGUUAUCAGCAUCACUGGGAAGUAAAUCAUAAUUGUAUCACUUGCAUUAGUUCUAGUAAACUUGCCCGAGAAAAUCUAUCUGCUGUUUCCCUUUUCCUAUAUUUGGUUCAGAAUUCAAACAUUAAAUUGAUGA